AUGUACAGAAACAAAAAAGACGUAGACAAACACGUGGAAAGCUUGAUGCACAAAUUGUCAUCGAAAGACUUCAAAACAAGAGCCUGUUCCAUAGCACGCUUGUAUUACGACGUUGGAGAUUAUAGAAGUUGCCAGAAAUAUGUCGAACAGUAUCUUGGUGUCAAAUCCAAUAAUGCAGCAGCACAUAAACUUCUGGGACAGGCGUUUCAUAAACUUGGAGAAAAAAUGAAGGCAUUUGAACAAUAUACAAUUUCUUAUGAUUUAGAUCCAUCCCAAACUAUAACUCUUCUUGAUAUUUGUGAACUUCUGGCUAAUGAGGAGGGUAUUAUAAAUCUAGCUCGUGCAAAAUACUGGUGUGAAAAAGCUGAAGCUAUAUACCCCAAACAUCCCAUUACAUUCCGACUACGUGAAAGACUUUUAUCUGAUGCUAAUUCAGACCCCGAAGCAUUGGUGAAAUUAUUAAAAACUGAAUUAGAUGCAAGACCAAAAGAUGCAGUACUUCAUGGUAGACUGUUAAAACACUACUUACAGUCUAACAAAAUAACAGAGGCUUUUGACCAUAGCUGUGAUAUUGAAUUCAAAAAAAACUAUUUCUCUGAUAAUUAUGCUUGGUAUGAAUGUCUCUCUGAAGUAUUGAAAUAUAACAAUCUGAAACAAAACAACUGGUUAUACCAGUUGCUUUUAUUAACAGUCAGAGAAAGACUUUGUGUUUUGAGUUUAACUGAAGUUCCAAAUGCAUCUGGUAAGAAUUUGCUAGAAUGCAGUGAUCUUCUAAAUGCCUAUGAUCAAGCACUCGACAGUGUUGCCAAAUCUGGACAUGCUGAAGGCUUUGGUGAAUUUCAUACAAAUAUUUUACAACAUCACAGAGGACAAAUAGCAUUUCAUGCUGCAACAUUGUUACUUAAAAAAGCAAAAAAAAACCAAACCAAUUGGAGAGAGGCAAAGAAAUUUGUAACACCCUUAAUGUUAAUCGCUUGGCAAACAGUCCCACUUGAUUUAAAAGUGAACUGGCUAGUACAUGCUCCACAAAAACAACAAAAUGCGAUAAAAAGGUGGUAUGUGGAAGGAUCAUACAGAUGCUCCCAAUCUGGCCAUUAUUUACUAUCAAAUAUCCAAGAUAAAAGUCAAAUUAUCUUAGAUCAAAUAUCUGAAUUAUGCUCAGGAACAAAUUGGAAAGAUAAACUUUAUGAAAAUCUAUUUACAACGCCGGAUCAACUGUCAAAAAAGAACUCUUCCUAUUUAUUAUCCAAGCUAAUGACUAGUCCUGCACUAAGGUUGCCUAGGAAGGUUGAAGUCCAGGCAUAUGAUGAUGAUGCUCAGAGAGAGUAUCCCAGUAGUCUUCAUCACUUUGUCUGGAUGCUUUUAAAUUAUAAAAAUUAUGCUGAUUUCAAAUGCACACUGUUUGACAUGCUUACUCCCAAUAUGACUAGCUGUGGACCUGAGACCUUGAACAAAAUAGAUGUCUUAGCUUUCCUAUACACAAAUAUAACAGAUUUAUUAUGUUCCCUACCACAAAUUAAGUGGUGGGACUGUGCUUACAAAUUGAGUCAAAAUGAUUUAGGUUUUGAUCAUACAGAUAUCCGCUCAACAUUGAGUCGUGGUAUUGAAGUUAUAAGAUGUGUUGAUAAUCAUGGUAUAGAUCCAGAAUUACUUUGUAUGUUAGGUAGAAUUUUUAAUGAAAUUGCUGAUAAAUCAACAACUGUAGAUGAAAAAUCUAACUAUGAACAAAGGGCAUGUCUCUACUAUUCAUCUGCAAUUAACUUGCUUCAAAAAAUUAAAGGUAAGGUGACACUUAAGCUACCCGAUAAGAAGAUGUUUGACUACCCUCAGAGAGAAUAUGAGCCAAAGGAGUUAAAUAAAUUAUUAGAGGAAAGCAAGCUUUAUGUAGCCCAAUAUAAUUUUAAAGAAGGAGAAUUUGAGAAAGUGAUCGCAUUAUUGUCUAAUUCAAAAUCCCCAGAAGCCUAUUACCAACUAAGUCAGACAUAUAUGAAAAUCGCUAAGGAAGAAAAAAACUUGUCUAAGCAUUCAGAAAGUGAUAGCAAAUAUAGAAGUCUUUUAGAAAAGGCUAAGGCUUUUGCAUAUAAAGCACUUGAAAGAGUCAAGGAACAGGAUAUGUAUAAAACCAAGGCUCUAUAUGUAGAUAUUCAAGAACAUAUUGAAGAUCUAGAAAGUUGUCUCAAUAAAUGUUCAGAUCUUUCAGGGACACUUAUGAAUGAUGAGUCAUCUGAUGAAAAUAUUAGUGAUAUUGUCUCUUCGCGUGCUAAAUCUAGUGUUUAUCGAAACAUAAGUUCUACACCAAAACAGAUGUUAAGGCAUCCUCACAAUGUAAGUGCUACAAAUUAUCGUACUGCAACUGAUACUCACAUUUUGGAAAAUACGCAACUUGAUAAUUUGGUUUUGGAACGAAUAGAGAAUCAGAUUAAAAAUUUACAAAAAAGAGACUUCAAUAUUAAUAAUUUUAUGGAACAAACCAAGGAUUGGUUUGAUGAAAAUAAGAAAUUGAGCAAUCAAAUCAUGAAUACUAUUAAAACAAAUAUAGAUAACACUACUGAACAGUUCAAACUGCUUAAAUUAUCGGUAGAUCAAGUUAAAGAACAAAUAGAUGAAUGUAGAAGUGAAUGCAAGGAUGUAGUUGAUAUGAAGAAACAAAUUGCAGAAUUAAAAAAAGAAGUUAAUAAAUUAAAGAAAUCUUCAUCGGAACAAGGCAUUGAUGAAAAUGAUGUUUAUAAUAUAGAUGAUGACUAUAGAGCCAGUGAAAAUACGUCUUCAUUUGCUGCCCAACUUCCCUUUGCUGCACCACAGCCUUUUGGACCACCAUUCGCUCAACGUAUAGCCCCACCUUUCCCGAUGUCGUCUAAUCCAUACCAGUUCUAUGGACAAAAUUUAUAUAAUUUAUACAAUCAAUAUUCACAAAUUGCCCAGUCUUCUACUGUACCUGGAGGUCCGCCUUUAUUUGAUCCUACAAGAGCUCAUAUGAAUUAUCCAGGAGUAUUUCCAACACCAGACCAAAUGUAUCUUGAUGUCGCACAUCUCGUCCCUCCUACAAUACCUGCAGCUCCUGGCGUACCUCCCGUACAUAAUGUGCCUGCUGUUACUACCGUGGUUUCCACUUCAACUUCACAACCAUCCGCUGCGAUUCCAACAUCAAAAGCUAAACAUGAAGUAAAAGAUAGUAAUAAGAUUAUUCCAGCAAAUGUUGUGAUUACUUCUUCAGAUCCAUUACCGACAACGAUCUCCGCUCCUACACCAGUACUCAGUGUAACAAUACCGCAGAAACAUAUUAAAGGAAGUCCUCAUAAUUAUCAAAUUUCUAUGCCCACUUCCAAUGUGACAAAGGCAGUAUCACGCCCUGUUUUUACUUUUCCAACAACAAGUACAUCAACAAUUGCAGUAACACCAAUGACAACAAAUUGGAAUAUGAAAUCUAUAUUCAAACAGGAUAAUCCUAUAACCACGUCUACUGUGGCAAAUUCAUCAAAGGACACGUCGACGUGUGUCGUAGAUGGAAUUUUUUCUCAAUCCUCCCCAAAUACAAGUCUUAAUAAAUCCAGGACCUUAUCAGAAAAAAGUAAUACAUCUGUUGAAAAUUAUGAUCCCUGUCCAGAUUUUAAACCAAUUAUACCAUUACCAGCUGAAGUUAAAGUAACUACUGGCGAAGAAGAUGAAUCUGUGAUUUUUAAUGCUAGAGCAAAGCUUUUCCGUUUUGUAGAUAAACAGUGGAAGGAAAGGGGUAUAGGUGAAAUGAAAUUACUCAAACAUAAAGUUACAGGCAAAGUCAGAGUUCUAAUGAGAAGAGAACAAGUACAUAAAAUAUGUGCUAAUCAUAUCAUACUACCUGAAAUGGAAAUAAAGCCCAUGAAGAACGAAACCAAGGCGUACUUUUGGGUUGCAAAUGAUUUUGCCGAGGAAACUGUUAUUUUAGAAAAAUUCUGUAUCAAAUUUAAAACACCGGAACUAGCAAAAGAAUUUUACGAAACUUUUGAGAAAGCUCGAAAAGAUUCUGCAAUUGACGUAGUGUCUACGGAAAUAAAGACAGUACAACCAACCAAAAAUCAAAUUCCAAGCUCAACUAUUGUUACUGGAGGAAACGACGGAAAAACCGUUGUUGGAGGUUUUACAUUUAGCAGUAAACCAUCUUUUAAGACCGUAACUGAAGAUUCAAACACUCAGCCAAAAGUCACUGAGGCACCAACAAGUAAAGUCAAUGUUUUUACCGGUGUCACGUUUAAGACAGCAACUUCGUCACCUUUUUCGAAUUUAAGCACUACUACAAAUUUAACGAACACGGUCAAAACUCCGGAGAGCACAGUAACUUCUAGUAAAUUAAACAACUCCGACUUAGUCGAGGAAUUUGAACCAACAGUUGAUUUUAAGCCAGUGAUACCGCUUCCUGCUUUAGUAGAUCAAAAAACUGGUGAGGAAGAUGAAAUUGUUUUAUUCGAGUAUAGAGCGAAAUUAUUACGAUUUGAUGCGGCAAUAAAGGAAUGGAAGGAAAGAGGUCUUGGAAACAUAAAGCUCCUGUGCCAAAAAGAAAAUAACCAGAAACUACGGUUAUUAAUGCGAAGAGAACAGAUAAUGAAAGUGUGUUGUAAUCUCUCGGUUACAAAAGAAAUGGUAUUCCAAAAGAUGCCUAAUAUGGACAAAGCAGUAACGUUUUGUGGCAAAGAUUUUUCGGAGGGGGAGCUGGUUCCGGAAACAUUUUGCUUGCGUUUUAAAACAGUACAAGCUUGCGAUGAUUUUAUAAAUGCUGUUAAGACAGCUCAAUCAAAAAUAGGAGAGGACACAACAAAAGCCGUUAAGGAGGAGCAAAAUGCUGCCAAACAAAACAUUCAAGUUGGUUUCGGAGAAUUGUUUAAACCAAAACCAGGUUCUUGGGAGUGUAAAGAAUGCUUAAUACGAAAUGAAUCUGGAAAUGAUUACUGUUGUGCGUGUAAUAGUCCUAAAGAUCCAACUGCAAAGAAAGCUGAAAACAAAUUAGAGUCAGCAAAUACACCAAAAUUUAACUUUGGUAUUCCAUCUCAAGGUGCACAAACUGCAGUAAAUACGAGUGCAGCUACGACUAUUACCGGUUGGGGAGAUAAAUUUAAAGCGAGAGAAGGCACAUGGGAAUGUUCUCAGUGUUAUGUUAGAAACGAGGGUGCCAGUGAGCAUUGCACUGCCUGUAAUAAUCCUAAAAAUCAAGAUAUUUCAACCACCAAACCUGAAGUCAAGUUUACAUUUGGAAUCACGCCAAAGUCCAAUGAGGCAACAGGGCAAAACACAAAUAAUAUCCCAAAGUUUAGUUUUGGAAUUCCACAGGAGAAAACUGUUAGUUUCGGUAUCCCUACAGCAAAAAGUUCUAAUAUAUUCAAAGCUCCUGAGCAAACUAAAGAGAGUGAUGGUGUUCUAGAUCUAGGCAUUAAAAAAAAGGAUGAACAAAAUAUUACAGUCACUCCAACAAAACCUGCACUCUUACCAACUCCACAGACGAAUGUGACUCCAUUUGGCAAAGAAAGUGGUACUUUUGAAUUUUCUUUUAACCAGAAAAAUGUGACGAAGGGUAAAAGCCCGGUAAAAUCACCGAAAGAUAAGAAGGACAAUGAUAGUGACGACAAUGAAUAUGCCUCUGAAGAUGAGGGACAUCAUAUACAUUUUAGCCCAGUUAUUCCAAUGCCUGAUAAGAUAAAAGUUGUGACUGGAGAAGAAAAUGAAAUCGAAUUAUAUGGACACAGAGCGAAAUUAUUCAUCUUUUCUGGAUCAGAAUGGAAAGAACGCGGCAUAGGAAUUGUGAAAAUAUUAAAACAUAAAGAAACUGGCAAAUUAAGAGUGCUAAUGCGUCGGGAGCAAGUUCAUAAAAUAUGCCUGAAUCAUGCUCUUAAUAAAAAUAUCACUUACCAACCGAAAGAUGAAAAAUCCUGGUUCUUCUGCGCGAAUGACUUCAGUGAAGGAGAAAUUCUUCUUCAAAACUUCUCCCUCAGAUUCCAAAACAAAGAGAUUGCAUUACAAUUCAAGGAAGCAGUUGAUAAUGCUUUAAGUGGGACAUCUGAACCACCAAAAGUUGAUGCUGAUAGUAAGUUAAAUAAUUCUGAAGAUGUCGUUUUCGUAAAUGAAAUACAAGCAUCAAAUGAAGACAAGCAGAAAGCUAGGGAUCUUAUGCUACCUGAAAAUUUCUAUAACUAUGUAAAUAAGGAACCAUGUCAGGGAUGCAGAGGUUGUGAUGAUUCUGAUAAAAUUCCAGUAUCAAAUAUGGUGACAUCAAAAUCGAUAAAGACUGAUCCUGUAAGUUCAACUCCUCUGAAGACCUCAUCUCCAUCCAAUUAUCAGAGUCCAGUUAAUUCUUUGUAUGGUACUCCUACCAAUCUCGACCGAACAAUUGAUACUACUGUGUUUAGAACACCUUUAGGAGCUAUUGGGUCAAAUACGUCUUCUGUUUUUGCUAACUCGGCUAACAACAGUGUUGUUGAAAAAGACUCGCCUGAUAAAGAAAAUACUUUGACUAACAGUUCAAGUUCAGAAAACUCACAAAAUCCAGCGACAGUUAUUAGCGGCAGUCAAGAUUCCUCCUUGUCGGUCAACUUAUCAACCACAAAGUCUUGGAUUUUGGCUCCACCAAAAUUAAGUGUACCAAAUAAAGAAGAGUCUAAAAAUGUGUUUGGUUUAUCUCUGUUUGGUGAUAAGAAAUCUGCAUCCUGUGAGAACAAAUCUAUAUUUGGCAGCAGUGGGGUUUCAACAAACAAAUCAAUAUUUGGAUUUAAUCUACAAAACAAUAAGAGUGAUACACAAUCGUCUGAGAGUGGCUCCAUAUUUUCAUCUGACAAGCCCGUUAAUUUAUUCAGCAGCUCUUCAAGUGGAAGUAUAUUUGGGCCCGCAGCCUUAAAAUCUAACCAGUCGGGUCCUCCAACGGGAUUUUUCUCUUCUGUUGGUACAUUCACCUUUGGUUCACAGAACAAAGAACUAAUCUUUGGUGCAAAGCCUGCAGAUGCUACUGCUUCUGAAAAAAAUACUACAAAUAUCAAGGAUACUUCUCCCAGUGAAACACACGAUUCAAAGAAGGAUACACCUAAAGAAGAAAAAAGCGUGUCUGAUAAUGCUCUCUUCAAAGCGGACAAUGCUUCAUUUUCGGCAUUAUCGUCGAGUGGUCCUGGAUUUAACCUCAAAAAACAAGCUAAUUUCCAGUGGGAAGGUGCUGGCCAACAACUUUUCUCAAGCAUGACUAAAAAAAGUGGUAAUUCUGGAAAUACAAAUGACGACUCCGGGGCGGCUGAGGAGGAGUAUGACCCACAUUACGAACCGAUCGUGCCUCUACCCGACAAAAUCGUAGUCACAACGGGUGAAGAAGAUGAGCCUUUAUUUCCAUCAUUAUACUUAAAGGAAAAACUGUUCGGGGAACGCUGCAAACUUUACCGCUUCGAUGAAAAAACGAGAGAGUGGAAGGAGCGCGGUGUUGGAGAAAUGAAACUCUUAUAUCACCCUGAAAAGAAAAGCUACAGGUUACUGUUACGAAGAGAGCAGGUGUACAAAGCUGUGCUGAACAUGCUGCUGUUCAUGGACCUGCAGCUGUUGCCGACGAAGAACUCGGAGACCUCCUGGACGUGGGCUGGAAGGAACUACGCUGAGAGCAGUGGAGAUCAAGAGACGUUGGCUGCUAAGUUUAAGAACGUGACCAUCUCCACCGCCUUCUACAACAAGGUCACGGAGUGUGUGAGGAAACUACAAGCUGCAGCAGCGGAAGCGAUAAGACAAGAGAAAGACAAACAAGAAACAGAUACUAGUGAUGGAAUCACACCGCUACGACUACCAAAACACUUGACGGAGUCCUCGCGCGCAGACAGUUCUUUGGUUGCCUCAUCAUCACAAUCAGUACAAGAAGGAAAUAGAAGAGAAAGUUCCCAAACAGAUAACCAACAAAACGGCCAAGUCAGCAGCUCACAAGAAGCUAAUGAAUCGUUAAAACAAGUACACUUUGAAGAAGAUCAAGUUGAUUACGACGAUUGUAAUUAUGAUCAAGAGGACUACAACGAACAUUCCGGUGGAUAUUAUAAUGAGGAUGAAGAGACAGCUAUGUAUUUCCCUUGCAAGGCGGUGAUUCGUCGUGGAGAUGAGAUCACUUCAUGUGAGGACACACACGUGCAGGUCUCCUUCGACCAAGACGUCUGCUCGCCCAAGGUCAUGGUCACGGACACCAACACAGGGGAAAUACUCGCUGACAUGCUCAUACACGCAGACACUGAGUUCCAGUUGAACGACGAGUCGUGUUCGUGGACCGGCAUGGACUACACCAGUAAUGUAUCCGUAGAGAAGACAGUCACCAUAACAUUUGCUGACUCCAACCUCGCUUUGGAGUUCUACGACCUGUGUGAGGAAACCCCCAGUGAUGGAGCUGAGACCGAUAUAAUUAGAUUUCAAAGGGAAGAAUUGUUUAAACAUAAUGCAUUGCGUGAUUGCAAACAAAAACUUACUGUCACCGUUAAAGCGUGUAGUGAACCCGGUCAAGAUUCAGGAGACGAAUAUAUACCGAUAGAACAUGUUCUGGGAGCUAAUAGAAAACGUAUACGUCUGCUUCAUCCUUACGUUUUAAGGUUACAGAGACAACUGCCCUUCCAAGUUUACAAACUACGAAGAAUAGAUGUGGGUAUUUAA